UGUCCAUCACCACUAAGUCCUGAAAAUUACCACUGACAAUUCUGUUGGAAGUUGAAUUAGUGGAUACUGUUCUGUUUUUUUCACUCCUCUAUGAAAAUAAUUGUGUUUUUAUGAAAGAGGUCAGGAGGUCCAUGCUUGAAAAUUUUCAAGUGUUGCAUUAGGUUAGAGCUUCUCUUAAGAAAGCGUAAAACUCUUUCUUUAGAAAGAACAUCUAUUAAUACAGUUUCUAGUUACGAGGGCCAAGGUCUAAAGGACAAGCCAAAAGAAUGACAGAGGAAGGGGAUUUAGGGCUAACAGGUGGUCCCCAGACAUAUUGGCUGAAAGGCAGUUCACAGCUAAAGUGUCAUAUGUGGGUGUUACUGUGCUCCUCAUCCAUGCUCUCGGUAGAGUCGUUCUGGAACACUCCUGGUUCUCGCUAUGGCCAUAAGAAGUGACUUUCACGAGACCUUCAGAAGAAUAGCUCGGCUCUUUUACUGGUUCCCCAAAUCACUGACCUGCUCAAAGAAUUGGAAAUCCAAGCUGCUCUGGAGCCAAGGUGGGGAGGGUAAAUACAUAUGUCAUGCUCACUGCCGAGACCUGGUGCAUCUGGAUUAUCCACAAAAUGGGAAAGUAUCAGGCUGCAUGCUGACUUCUGAAGUAAGACAUUCAAGCAAAAACAACAGUCAGGAUGUUGAAAAAGAGAAGGAAACCCACAGUUACCUCAGCAAAGAGGAGAUCAAAGAGAAAGUUCAUAAAUACAACUUAGCAGUCACAGACAAGUUGAAGAUGACCUUGAAUUCAAAUGGGAUUUACACUGGCUUCAUUAAAGUACAGAUGGAACUCUGCAAACCUCCACAGACUUCUCCAAACUCUGGAAAACUCUCUCCCAGUAGCAAUAGCUGUAUGAACACACUUCAUAUCAGCAGCACAAACACUGUCGGGGAAGUGAUCGAGGCCCUGCUCAAAAAGUUUCUCGUGACUGAGAGCCCUGCCAAGUUUGCACUUUAUAAGCGUUGUCACAGGGAAGACCAAGUCUACGCCUGCAAGCUCUCAGACCGGGAACAUCCACUCUACCUGCGUUUGGUAGCAGGGCCCAGAACAGACACACUUAGUUUUGUUCUUCGUGAACAUGAAAUUGGAGAGUGGGAAGCCUUCAGCCUUCCAGAGCUCCAGAAUUUCUUGCGGAUCUUGGACAAGGAAGAAGAUGAGCAGCUGCAGAACCUGAAGAGGCGCUACACAGCCUACAGACACAAGCUGGAAGAAGCCCUCCGUGAGGUGUGGAAGCCUGAUUAAAGCAGGGCUCCCUGCCCUCGAGGCCCCAUGUGGGACAGACCUACAGAACAGCACCAAGAGCCUCUGUUCUCAGAGGGCUGCUGUCUUGCCCCAGUAUGCUAGGGUCCUCCCCUUUUAAUCUGUAGAUUUUGUUCCCCAAAUCUGGUCACACAGCAUCCUGCACCUUAGUGUCUCAUGUAAGGGACUCUGCAAGCUUGUUGUUCAGCACCGCAGUGUUACCUCUUGGCAAGCUGUGAACCUGUAGCCUCAUCAGGAGCAUUCGAGGGUGCUUGGAAGCAUGAACUCUGGGGUUUUUUUUUUUUUUUUAAUUUUCUUUUAGUUAUUUUAAUUAUGUGAUGAUGCUGUUAAGCUUAUGGAUGUGCAGAUGAUUUUUAAAAAAGCUUAACUAGGAGUCUAUCUUUCUGAAUACUUGUCCUGUUUUGAAACUACCUGUCUUUUUUUUAACGUCAGAGGAAUUGAUCCAUGUGAAUCAAAAGGCACAGGAAUCUAGGAACUCUGAGGAAUUUAUUGUGAAGGAUUUUGUUGGGGGUUGACAGAGAGGAAAGCGUAAGUUUGGAGAAGGUGUGUGGCGUGGUGGCGAGCGCUGUGGGCUGUGGAACGUUACUUGGCUUUUCAGUUAGGUGUAGUGGAGAAAGGGGUAGUUGCUUAUAAACGAGUUAAAAGCAUUCAGUGUUGAGAUGUUAAACCCAUUUUAGGAUCUCUUGGUUUCCUGGUGGGUAAAAUGUGGGAACAGAGCCAGAGGCAGAAGCUAGAACAGACAGAGGGACCCGUGAACUCCGCAGCAGACGGACCGGAGACUCGGGCAGGUGGAGCCUGCUGUCCUGGGCAGACGUGGGCCUCACGCAGCUGGAACUGACCCGCUCCUCUGCCCCUUUGGAGUGGAAGGUCUCAUUGGUGUAGCUUCUCUGCAUAGGCAGGACAGUGACCGCAAACUCUUGUUAAGUUACAUACAGUGUAUAGUUUACCCCCCACAGGUGGUUUUCAGAGUUGAGAUGGAAUUUUGGCAGGGGUGGUUGUUUUUCCCUUGAUUGCUAGCUAGGAUAUUUAUCAAGUACACUUUUGUGACAAUCACUCCCUUCCCUUUUAUUCCUCCUUUCCUUUUUCUUCCCCUUUUUCUCUGUCCCACCCUUCUCUCCUUCCCUCUCCUCCCCUCUCCUCCCUUUCCCUUUCCUCCCCCUCCCUUUCUUUUCUACGUUGAAAUCUGUUCUUACAUAAUGUAGAACAGGGCUAUUGAAUAAAGACCCAGUCCUACCAAAUCUUUAGUUCUAAAGGACAACUUGAUUAUGAGUAGGAGGGCCCCAAGAAAGGGAGGAACGUCCAUACCCAGCUAACCACACAACAGGGCUUCACUAUGGAAAUAUUUUAACAAAAGUACAUGUUAUUACCAACCAAAGAAAUUGCAGGUGCAAUAGAAGCCUUCCUUAAAACAAGCUAAAUAACCUCAUUUUAUGCAGCAGUUUAAUCUGAGAACAGAGGGAAAGGUGUGCAGCGGUUCCAGAGGGGCCUUAUAUUCUAUUUUUAGUCUAAAUAUUUUUUGUUUAUAAAUUCCCAAGGAAUUGUUAACACUUUGGUGACACCUAAUGGAUUCUUUUUGAAAUUCCAAGGUGCUGCAGUUCUUUGCCUAAGUGAACUGUGCCUUUUAUUGCAUUUCUGUUCCUCUCUUGGUGGCUCUUCUGACUUUUCAGAGAAUACCCAUCUUGUUGGAGGCAGACUUACGUUGUUGUUAUGCUGUGCCACACAAUUUAUUAAGACAAUCAUAUCUUCCUAAGCAUUUAAGGAAAGUUGAAAAAAAAUAGAAUUAGCAGCUAUAAAAUAUGUAUGGCACAUCUUGUUUAAUUUUGCAUGUAACUUCUCUUUAGUAUAUUGAUGAGGUUUUAGUGACAUUGUCACCUAACACUUUACCUUUAUUGUUCAGGGAUUGCCUUUGUGAUUUUUAUACUGGUUUUACUGCUCAGACUGUGGCCUGGGUUUGAGUAUAUUGUUAGCAGCCACCUGGUUUUUUACUUAUUCAUCCCAGUAAACUUAUAUUUUGUGAGGCAUUUGUUUCUCAGAUUAAGACACUGUUAGAACCUAAAAUAGUAGCUGAUGGGUAUCUGUGAAUUUUUUUUUUUUUUACUUGAAGUAGACUGUCUAACUAGGCAUCCUCAUCUGUAUUUAUCCAGAACCUCACCCACUGUCAUGUGCACUACGAAUUGCAAUUUGGAAACUUACUGUAUUGAAAUUCUGUCAGUUAAUGUUUCUUGAAGAGUGAUGUUUUUUCCCAAACACUGGUAAUUGCAGCCGCAUUUUUAAUGUGUAAGUGAAGAAAAAAGGCCGCUAAGGCCAAAGAUUUUUAAAGAAUCAUUGUACAAAUCAUUAUGUUAAACUAUCUAAGCUUUGCUGUAAUACUGUUUUCUCUUCAGUAUGUGAUGGUACAGGAAAGAUGUUAAAUGAAGGGGGUAGUAUUGCAGGAGAGCAUUUUAAAUGACAGAAGUAAAAUGUUAUAAUAUUUAUAAUUUUGAUGGGUUUAUUUUUGUAGGGAAGAUUUUUCUCCCCUAACAUUGUUUAUAGAAUGGCAAAAUUGUUUCCAUUAUUAAAAACUGAAAUUAUUAGUUGA